AUGCACAACUCACAACCAGCAACCCUCAUCAUACAACUUGGAGACCAUAAAGAUUUCCGAGACCUAAAAAGAGGCCAGAAGCCUGAUAACUGUUGGGUUCUGAUGAAGGAUCCAGGAUUUAUAUGCCUAGCUCUGACCAAAGCUUCAGAAUCUUUAGUUCUUAUUGGAGCUUCUGAAUUUUUGCCUAUAUAUAUAGAAAAUCAGUUUGUAUUAACACACACCACAGCAACUAAAAUCGCAGGCUUUGUUUUGCUUCCAGGAGGUGCACUUGGCCAGCUUCUGGGAGGUAUCAUUGUUUCCAAGUUACACAUGUCUUGUAAAGCCCUUAUGAGAUUUACAAUCGUUACAUCUGUUAUAUCACUUGUAUUCUUUGGGUUUGUGAUUUUUGUACGCUGUGAUACAAUACCAUUUGCUGGGAUCAAUGAAGAUUAUGACGGAACAGGACAGUUGGGAAACCUGACAGCUCCUUGCAAUUCUCAUUGUAGAUGCUCAUCUUCACUAUAUUCUGCUAUAUGUGGAAGAGAUCAUAUUGGAUAUUUUUCUCCUUGCUUUGCAGGCUGUAUACAAUCUAAAAUAAUACAAGAUGACAAGACAUACUACAAUUGUUCUUGCAUUCAAGAAGGAUUAACAACUGCAGAUGACCAAGGUGAUUUUAUUGACGCUAGACCUGGGACAUGUGAUGCAAAGUGCUAUAAAUUACCUUUGUUCAUUGCUUUUAUCUUUUCUACGAUUUUAUUUUCUGUUUUUUCUGGUAUACCAAACACCCUGACCAUCCUUCGGAUUGUAUCUGACAAUCAACGUUCUUUGGCCUUGGGUUUGGCCUUUGUGUUUUUGAGAAUAUUUGGGACUAUACCUGGACCAAUAGUUUUUAAAAUGACAGCAGAUAUUUCUUGUAUCUUUCGGGAGACUGAAUACUGUGGGAAAAAAGGAAAUUGUUGGAUCUAUAACAAGAUGAAAAUGGCCUACCUAUUGGUAGGAAUAUGUUGUAUUUGCAAAGUAGUCACUAUCUUCUUCACUGCUAUUGCACUUUGCCUAUGUAAAUAUUUACCAAAGGAUAACAGUGAAAUCCUGCAUAUGCCCGUGAAGAAUCCAACAUUAAAAAAAAAAAGAAAAAACUAAUUUAUAACUGGAUCAUUAAUGUGGAAGAAUUAUACACUGUCAGUCCAUCAAUGGAAUGUUAUACUAAUAAAAUUUGAAAUAAUUAUAAUAUAGUUACAUGUUUAAUAAAUGAAUGUGACUCAUAUGAUCCCGUAAGUUUAUUAUAGUUUGAGUACAAAUAUAAUA